GCUGCACUGUGUCCCGUUGCUGUGGAUGCUGCACUCUGUGCCCCCCCUGGGGCUGAUUAUUACUGCCAGGGUGCUGGUGGGGAGGGCUGUGGUGCCCUCGAGGAAGGCCAGGUGAGGAGCUGGUGCUGGCUGAGCUCCCUCUCAUUUUGCACCACAUCACUGAGCAUGUGACUUGCCAUGGGAUGAGGGGCCAUGGGGCACAGAGCUUGGGGAUCUGGCCAUGGGGCGCAGCAAGGGUGAUGCCAGGGGCCUGGUCCUGCCCAUCUACAGGCACCCCGCAGUGGCUCUGUCAGAGCCCAGCUAGUGGCACGGCUGGUGGGGGACCAGGUGGUAGGCUGCCCUGCUGCCUGAGACUGUGGAACAGCACGCCCACCACCCUGCACCACCGCCCGGCCCGCGGCCCUCACCCAUGACACCAGGAGCCCAGCAGGGCCGAGUGCCUGACUGGCGCGGAUGGGACCCAGUGUCCCACUGCAGAGUGGGCAUGGUGCCUACAGCCUCAGCACUUAGCCCCAAGAAGCUCAUUAGUGAUGCUCCCGCCUCCUGCCCACCGUCCCUGUGGAGCAGGGCACUAAGUGCAGGCUCUAAUGGUUGCGAGGCUCCUGAUGGGCCGCGCUGGAGGCGGGCGCAGGAAGGGCUGUGGUUUCUGCCUCAGCUAUCUCACCCCAGUAUGGCGGGGAAGAUGCUGGGUGGGCUCCUGCUCCUCGCUGCAGCUCCCGGUGUCCUUGGGACAGCCUCACUGCAGAACCUGCACCUGUGCGAGGGCUACGUGGGCCCUGACGACCGCUACCACCCUGGCUUCUACUGCCCACGCCUGAUGGACCCGGCCACGCAUCGCUACUGCUGCCAGCCCGGCCCGCACGCCCUCAAGGGCUGCUGCUCGCGGCUGGGCAUGGAGGUGCUCACCGGGCUCAACAUUACUGGGCUGCCUGCGCCCAGCCUGCUGCGGCACCCCCUGGCGCUGCCCUUCGUGGGGCUCUACGGGCUGCUCGUGCUGCUCCUCAUGGCCCUCGACCUCGCCCACUUCUACCGCACCCAGCGCUGCACCCUCGGCUGCCGCCUGCCCCGUGCCCCCUGCCUGCCCUACCGCACCCCCAGCCCUGCAGCCUCGGCACCCCGAGCUGCUGGGGUGGGAGUGUAGGGUCCUGGUGCCCUCUGCGGGGUGGGGGAGGGCAGGAAAGGGGCAUAGGGAUGGAGGGGGGAACAAGGGGA